AGAAAAGAGAGUGAAGGGGGAGUGAAGGAGAAAAGGGAGACAAAGUUAGAGCAAGAGAGAGGAGUGUUUCAGAAGCUCCACUGCUUCGCUGAUUUCGAAGCACGUAACAGAGGGGAGAGGAGUGCAGCUCAAGUUUCACUAAGACACGGACUUUCUUAAUACCUUCCCUUUACUUCAUUCGGGUCUCUUCGCUUCUGUGAUUCUACCUCAAAGGCUCAAACUCCCUUUCUGUGCAAUUUCUAAGGAGACAUAACACACCCCACUGCUUUAGGGGUUUUGGUUUACGGGUUUUGAGAAAAUGCUGAGGAAAAGGAGCAGGUCCAAUCAGAAAGAUCAGCAGACGAGUCAUCUAACGAUGUCUGGUUCUGGGUCUGAGUCCUUUUUCCAAUCUGAUGUUUUAGGGAACAGAAACAGAAACACCUCAUUUUUCAGUGUCCCUGGUUUCUUUCUGGGGUUAAAUGCAAAAGGUUAUUCAGAUUCUGAUUCUGUUAGGAGCCCUAAGUCUCCUCUAGAUUUUAGGGUGUUUUCAAAUUUUGGGAGUCCUUUCAGAUCCCCUUUGUCACCUUCUAAUGGGCAUCAAAAGAACUGGGAGUAUGACAAAGUGGGCUUAGGCAUUGUAGAUUCUCUCUGCGAUGAUGACAAAGUAGCCGGAGAAGUUCUCCGGUCAUCUUCAGAUGGUAAGACUAUCCUUUUUGGACCUCAGAUGAGGAUUAGAACUCCAAGUUGUGAAACCCAUGUUGAUUCUUUUGAGGCAGCUAAAUCUUUGCCUAAAAAUUAUAUGCUUUCCCCUCUUACCCAGAUGAAAUCUCCCAUAAACAAGGGUAUCACCGAUGUUGUUUUUGAAAUCGGAGAAACCCCAUUUGAUGCUGAACCACUUGGGAAAUUCCUUUCUUGUUCAUUGGAUUCCUGCAGGUCUUUUUUGGCUGUACCUGGUCUUUCUAACAGCAACUCUGAUUCCUGGGCAAAAUUUGCAUCCCAAGCUGGUUCUCGUUCACCUGUGAUCCAAGAAAGCCCAAAUUUGAACAGUUUUUCACCUACAACAAAUGGACCUCCUGAACUUCUUUCAGCUAGUGAGAUCGAGCUCUCUGAGGACUAUACCUGUGUUAUUUCCCAUGGGCCUAUCCCCAAAACAACUCACAUUUAUGGUGACUGCGUUUUCAAAUGUGACAACAAUGUGUUGAGCAGUGCCGUUGGGAAUGAAAAGAAGAAGAUUGAAUCUCCUCCAGUGGAUAAAAACUCAGUCACUCUGUAUCCCUCAAAUGCAUUCUUGAGCUUCUGUUACUCUUGUAACAAGAAACUUGAAGAGGGAAAAGAUAUUUACAUAUACAGGGGUGACAAAGCAUUUUGUAGUCUGAACUGCCGAUCUCAGAAAAUUUUGAUUGAUGAGGAAAUGGAGAAGGCCAUGGAGGAAUCUUCAGAGAACUCACCACAAGUGGAGGAUGACGAGGAAAAGCUUUAAGAAACCAGCAUGUUUUUGGCUACAUAAGGCCUUUCCAGCCAUGCCCAUGAUUGAUGAAACAUCAAGCAGACGAGUUGAUCAUCCGUUCCCAAAGUGCUGUUUGUGUGCAUCUUUUAGCAGCCAUGGAUGAUCGUUUUUGUGUAUUGCUCUGUUUGCUAAUAGCUGUUCGACUAUCAUGAGCAAGUUUACCCCUUUCUCGAUUUGUUGUGUUUUCAGCAUAUAUCAAAUCAAACAAGAUAAUUCUCUCCUCUUUCUGGUAUUGCAGGUCAAGUCUAUAAUAAUCCUGCAAACCAGAACAAUUUUCACUGUAAUCUGUAGUUCUGUAUCUGCCCGUAUUGUACUUGAACCUGUUUUUAAACUAAAAAUUUUCUAUUAGG